AUGGCGCCCCUGCCAAUCAAAAAAGCGUAUAUUGACACUCAGUAUGGGCAAUUGCACUAUCGCUACGUGAAACCGCCUGCAUCCAAAGAUGUCCUCAUCUUCCUGCAUCAAUCUGCAACUUCGAGUGCCUCUAUGACGCGACUUAUAGACCAGUACUCAACCUUAGGGUACGAGUGUUAUGCGCCUGAUAUGCCCGGGUUCGGUGGCAGCUUCGACCCACCAGAAGAGGCAAUCAAGGAGAUCAGCAAUCGGGGCACACGGUGGUACGUUGAUUUGUACCUGUGGGUGUUUGAGAAGCUGGGCCUCAAGAAGUUUCAUAUCAUUGGUCAUCAUACCGGCGCCUCACUCGCCACUGAAAUGGCCGCCAUCAAGCCGGAGGUCGUCAAGUCAAUGUGUCUCAUUGGCACGUCGGUCAUGACAGCUGCGGAACGAGCCGAGAUGAAAGCGCGAUACUUUGCCCCAUUCAACAAGCCCGUCGCAGACGGCUCCCAUCUGCAGAAAACGUGGGACUACGUGGCCAAGCUCGGCGCCGACGGAGACCUGGAGGUGCACCAUCAGGCCGCUUUGGAUCAUAUACGAGCGUGGAAGGGACGGAACCAGAUGUAUGGGGCCAUCUGGGACCAGGACAAAGAGAAGUGCUUCCAAGCGAUCAAGUGCCCGGUCAUUGCUCUCUGCGCCAAAGAUGACGUGGUGUGGCCCUAUUUCCAGCAAAUCAGACGAAUCAGGGAUGAUAUUCCCAUGAUUGAAAUAAAGGGGGCUGCAUAUUCGCCAGAAUUGGACGUACACGGAAUCGUGGAAAACUUGACACCAUUCCUUGAGAAGUUAUGUUAG